AGAGGCGGGCGGGGACAUGGAGACCCAUGCAUGUCUCUGUCUCCUUUCAUAGGAACACAAUCAAAGCGAGCUGCUCGGCUCCAUGAAGCACAGAGAGGCUCUUCAAUAAGCACAACGAGAAGAAGAAGAGGAGGAAGAGGAGGAGGAAGAGGCCGCUGACAGUUUGUGGACUGAUGGCUCCAGAGUGACAUGCCAUGGCUUUAAUGAUCCCCCCGGUGAAGCUCAAAUGGCUGGAGCACCUGAACAGCUCAUGGAUCACGGAGGACAGCGAGUCCAUCGCCACACGGGAGGGAGUGUCCGUGCUCUACUCCAAGCUGCUGGCCAACAAGGAGGCGGUGCUGCUCCCUCAGCAGGUCCUGUGCCUGAAGGGCCCCCAGCUCCCAGACUUUGAGCGCGAGUCCCUCUCCAGCGAUGAGCAGGAGCACUACCUGGACGCUCUGCUCAGCAGCCAGCUGGCCCUGGCCAAGAUGGUCUGCUCCGACUCUCCCUUCGCCGCCGCGCUGCGUAAACGCGUGCUGGUGCUGCAGAGGAUCUUCUACGCACUUUCCAACAAGUAUCACGACAAAGGGAAGGUCAAGCAGCAGCAGCACUCUCCAGAGAACAACUCGGGCUCUGCUGACCUGCACUCUGUCAGCGAGCGGCCGCGCUCCAGCACCGACGCCCUCAUCGAGAUGGGGGUCCGAACGGGCCUCAGCCUUCUGUUCGCUCUGCUGCGCCAAAGCUGGAUGAUGCCUCCCCCGCCCGGGCCCGGAGGAAGUCCCGGGGGCAACAUUAACUUGUGUAACGAUGUCAUUCACACGGCCAUCGACGUGGUCAGCUCCCUGCCGCCCCUCUCUCUGGCCAACGAGAGCAAGAUCCCGCCCAUGGGCCUGGACUGCCUGGCCCAGGUCACCACCUUCCUGAAGGGGGUGACCAUGCCAAACUCUGGGGCGGAUAUUUUAGGGCGACGGCUGGCCUCGGAGCUGCUGCUGGGGCUGGCCUCUCAGAGGGGGUCCCUGCGCUACCUGCUGGAGUGGAUCGAGAUGGCCUUGGCUGCUUCGGCUGUGGUCAGCACCAUGGAGGAGAACAAGCUGCUGCAGAGCCAGGAGGGACUCAUCGGCUACGACUGUUUCAUGAACAUCCUCAUGCAGAUGAGACGCUCCCUGGGCUCCUCAGCAGAUCGCAGCCAGUGGAGAGAACCGACGCGCACCUCUGACGGCCUCUGCUCUCUGUACGAGGCGGCGCUCUGUCUCUUCGAAGAGGUCUGUCGAAUGGCGUCAGACUACUCUCGCACCUGCGUCAGCCCGGACAGCAUUCAGACCGGAGAGGCUCCCGUGGUGUCUGAGACCUGUGAGGUGUACGUGUGGGGCAGCAACAGCAGCCAUCAGCUGGUGGAGGGAACACAGGAGAAGAUCCUGCAGCCCAAGCUGGCUGCGAGCUUCGCCGACGCUCAGACAAUUGAAGCAGGUCAGUACUGCACCUUCGUCAUCUCCUCUGACGGCUCCGUCCGAGCCUGCGGGAAGGGAAGCUACGGCCGCCUGGGGCUCGGGGACUCCAACAACCAGUCCACCCUGAAGAAGCUGACCUUUGAACCCCACCGCGCCAUCAAGAAGGUGUCCUCGUCAAAGGGCUCAGACGGCCACACGCUGGCCUUCACGACGGAGGGUGAGGUGUUCAGCUGGGGUGACGGUGAUUAUGGCAAACUGGGUCACGGGAACAGCUCCACUCAGAAAUACCCUAAACUUAUCCAGGGGCCACUGCAGGGGAAGGUGGUGGUGUGUGUGUCUGCUGGAUACAGACACAGCGCUGCGGUCAGUGAGGAUGGAGAGCUGUACACAUGGGGGGAAGGAGAUUUUGGACGACUAGGUCACGGAGACAGCAACAGCAGAAACAUUCCCACCCUGGUGAAAGACAUCAGUAAUGUAGGAGAGGUGUCGUGUGGAAGCUCCCACACCAUCGCUCUGUCGAAGGACGGACGCACCGUGUGGUCCUUCGGAGGAGGAGACAACGGAAAACUGGGUCACGGUGAUACUAAUCGAGUCUACAAGCCAAAGGUAGUGGAGGCCCUGCAGGGGAUGUUCAUCAGGAAAGUGUGUGCAGGAAGCCAAUCAUCUCUUGCCUUAACCUCAACGGGACAGGUGUAUGCCUGGGGCUGCGGGGCUUGUCUCGGCUGCGGUUCCUCUGAGGCCACAGCGCUCAGACCCAAAAUGAUCGAGGAGCUGGCUAUGACCCGGGUGGUGGACAUCUCCAUCGGGGACAGUCACUGCCUGGCUCUGUCACAUGACAAUGAAGUCUACGCCUGGGGCAACAACUCCAUGGGCCAGUGCGGUCAGGGGAACUCCACCGGGCCGAUCACCAAACCCAAGAAGGUCGUGGGUCUGGACGGAGUCGCCAUCCAGCAGAUCUCAGCGGGGACGUCUCACAGCCUGGCGUGGACCGCCCUGCCCAGAGACAGACAAGUGGUGGCGUGGCACAGGCCGUACUGCGUCGACCUCGAAGAAAGCACUUUCUCUCACCUGCGCUCCUUCCUCGAGCGCUACUGUGACGGCAUCAACAGCGAGGAUCCUCCCCUCCCGUUCCCCUCGUCCAGGGAGCAUCAUAACUUCCUCAAGCUGUGCCUUCGGCUUCUGUCCAAUCAUCUGGCUCUGGCUCUGGCAGGGGGCGUGGCCACCAGUAUUCUAGGUCGGCAGGCGAGGCCUCUGAGGAACCUUCUGUUCAGACUGAUGGACUCCUCGGUGCCGGACGAGAUCCAGGAGGCGGUGAUUGAGACGCUGUCUGUAGGGGCGACCAUGCUGCUGCCUCCUCUCAGAGAGAGGAUGGAGCUGCUCCACGCCCUGCUGCCUCAGGGUCCCGACCGCUGGGAGAGUCUCUCCAAAGGACAGAGGAUGCAACUGGACAUCAUCCUGACCAGCCUGCAGGACCACACCCACGUGGCCUCGCUCCUCGGCUACAGCUCCCCCGCCGACGGCCCCGAGGUUCUUUCAUCUGGUGCGGGUUUCACAGCCUCUCCGGACCCGGCGUACGGCGCCGCAGCGGGCCACCCCGACACUCACCUGGCCGAGAUCCUGAUGAAGACGCUGCUCAGAAACCUGGGCUUCUACACGGAUCAGGCCUUCGGUGAGCUGGAGAAGAACAGCGAUAAGCUGCAGCAGGGCACGUCGUCGUCAGACAGCAGCCAGCCGGCUCACCUGCACCAGCUCCUGUGCUCGCUGCAGAAACAGCUGUUAGCGUACUGCCACAUUAACUCUGUCACAGAGAACUCCAGCAGUGUGGCGUUGCUCCACAAACACCUGCAGCUCCUGCUGCCGCACGCCACCGACAUCUUCUCCCGCUCGGCCGCUCUGAUCAAAGAGAGCUCGUGGAACGGCAGCAUACGAGAGAAGCUCCAGGAUGUGAUCUACGUGUCAGCGGCGGGCAGCAUGCUGUGUCAGAUCAUCAACUCGCUGCUGCUGCUCCCCGUGUCAGUGGCGAGGCCUCUGCUGAGCCACUUGCUGGACCUGCUGCCUCCCCUGGACCGCCUCAACAGACUGCUGCCGGCGGCCGCGCCGCUGGAGGACCAGGAGCUGCAGUGGCCUCUUCACGGUAUGUCUGACUUUGCGGAACCAGCCUCAGGUAUGUCCCUGCCUCAGGCGGCUCUCUCCUGGGUGUGGCUGGUGGAUCUGGAGAGGACGGUUGCUCUGCUGGUCGGGCGUUGCCUCGGUGGGAUGCUUCAGGGAGCUGCGACCUCUCUGGAGGAGCAGGACACGGCGUACUGGCUCAAAACGCCUCUCUUCAGCAACGGACUGGAGAUGGACAUCCCGCAGCUAGACGCCUGCAUCAGCUCGUUGUUGGAGGCGGCUCUGUCCGGUAACGAGGAGCAGAAGCCCUUCGAUUGCACGCUGCGUCCCGACCUCAGUGUGAUGGUGGAUCUGGCUCUGGGCUCCUCUAAAGAACCUUCCAACAGUCUGUGGAUCAACAUGCAGGACUAUGCCAUCAGUAAAGACUGGGACAACGCGUCUCUCAGUAACGAGUCUCUGUUAGACACCGUGUCCAGGUUUGUGUUGGCAGCGUUACUGAAGCACACCGGGCUGCUGGGACAAGGCUGCGGCGAGGGAAGGUAUCAGCCCUCAAAGUCCCUCGCAGAGGUUUACCGCAGUGUCUAUAAGGUCAGGAACCGCCUGCUGGCCUGUAAGAACAUGGACUUCAUCCAGACCAGAUCGUCUUCACGUGAGAGGAGGAUUUCAGACAAUCAGGACUCUCUGGACAUGGACCCUCAGGAGCACUCCUUUACUCGCACCAUCGACGAGGAGGCGGAGCUUGAGGAGCGAGCCGACCGUGAGAGAGAGGAGGGGCAUCAGGAGCAAGACGAUGAAGAGGAGGACAGGGAGCACGAAGUCAUGACCGCUGGAAAAAUCUUUCAAUGUUUCCUCUCAGCCCGGGAGGUCGCCCGCAGCCGGGACAGAGAGCGAGCCAGCAGCAGCACCGGACUCGGCUCCGGCUCUGUGACCAGGAGCGGAGGAGGAGGAGGAGGUGGAGGAGGUGGAGGAGGAGGAGGUGGAGGAGGAGGAGGUGGAGGAGAGGAGGACUCUGUUCUGUCUCAGGAGGGGAGGAGAGGCAGUGUGGGUCUCCCCGAGGGUCAGGACCUGUACACGGCGGCCUGUAACUCUGUGAUCCACCGCUGUGCUCUGCUGCUGCUCGGGGUGAGCCCGGUGCUCGGGGAGCUGAGCAAACAGAACCAGGAGGAGGGCCAGACCCAGUCCGCCACGGGAACCCAGGAGUGUCUCAGCUUCAUGACCAGGAGCGAGAGUCUGAGCGCAGAGAGCCGCUCAGUACAGAGCAGCCCGAGCUACAGACUGAUGAAGUCCAGGAGCGAGUCUGACCUGUCCCAACCUGAGUCAGACGAAGAGGGCUACACUUUGAGCGGCAGGAGGAACGUGGACCUGGACUUGGCGUUCUCCCAUAAGAAGCGAGGGUUCCUCCACAGCUCUCCGGACUCCCUGGCCGAGUCCUGGUUCCGAGCCAAACUGAGCCGGCAGCGGAGCUACGGCUCGGCCCACUCCUACGAGGAGUCAGACCUGGACCUGAGCCGCUCGCUGGGCAUCCACGCUCUCAUCGACAACAUGGUCAGCUUCAUCAGCGGGGACGUGGGCCUCGCUCCGGCCUUCAAGGAGCCGGAGGAGAGCAUGUCCACCAGCCCACAGGCGACCAUCCUGGCCAUGGAGCAGCAGCAGAGCCGGGCCGAGCUCCGGUUGGAGGCGCUCCAUCAGAUCGUGGUGCUGAUCUCCGGCAUGGAGGAGAAGGGCAGUCAGCCCGGGAACGCAGAUCGAUCCAGCGGUGCCUUCCAAUCCUCCUCCCUGCUGACCUCCGUCAGGCUGCAGUUCCUGGCCGGGUGCUUCGGCCUCGGCACGGUGGGCACCGGAGGGCUGAAGAGAGAGAGCGUGCAGCUACAUCACUAUCAGGAUGGUGUGAAAGCAGCGAAGAGGAGCAUCCAGAUGGAAAUCCAGACUGCCGUGCAUAAGAUCUACCAGCAGCUGUCUGUCACUCUGGAGAGGGCUCUGCAGGCCAACAAGCACCACAUAGAAGCCCAGCAGCGCCUCCUGCUGGUGACGGUGUUUGCUCUGAGCGUGCGGUACCAGCCCGUGGACGUGUCUCUGGCCAUCUCCAGCGGCCUGCUCAACGUUCUGUCCCAGCUCUGCGGCACAGAGACCAUGCUGGGCCAGCCGCUCCAGCUGCUGCAGAAACCCGGCGUGUCUCAGCUCAGCACCGCCCUCAAGGUGGCGUCCACCCGCCUGCUGCAGAUCCUCGCCAUCAGCACGGGGACGUAUGCAGACAAGCUGAGUCCAAAGGUGGUCCAGUCUCUGCUGGACCUGCUCUGCAGCCAGCUGAAGAACCUGCUGUCUCAGGCCGGGGUCAGUCUGCUCUCUCCUGGGAAAGACCCCGAGGACAACAAACAGGAGGACAGCGCCGACUCUGAGAAGAAAGACUUCAGAGCUCUGAUCCGAAAGCAGCACACCGCCGAGCUCCACCUGGGAGACUUCCUGGUCUUCCUCAGGAGAGUCGUGUCCUCUAAAGCCAUCCAGUCCAAGAUGGCCUCCCCUAAAUGGACCGAGGUGCUGCUGAACAUCGCGGCACAGAAGUGCUGCUCAGGGGUCCCUCUGGUGGGGAACCUGAGAACUCGUCUGCUGGCUCUUCACGUUCUGGAGGCCGUCCUGCCCGCCUGUGAAGCCAACAUGGAGGAUGAUCAGAUGACACAGGUGGUGGAGCGGCUCUUCUCGCUGCUCUCUGACUGCAUGUGGGAAGCUCCCAUCGCUCAGGCCAAACACUCGAUCCAGAUCAAAGAGAAGGUGCAGGAGCUCAAACUCCAGGGAGAGGCAGAGGAGGAGGACGAGAACCUCCCCAUCCAGGAGGUGUCCUUUGACCCGGAGAAGGCUCAGUGCUGCGUGGUGGAGAACGGGCAGGGACUGACUCACGGCAGCGGGGGGAAAGGCUACGGCCUGGCCUCCACGGGGAUCUCCUCCGGCUGCUACCAGUGGAAGUUCUACAUCGUGAAGGAGAACCGAGGGAACGAGGGAACGUGUGUAGGAGUAUCUCGAUGGCCGGUUCACGACUUCAACCACCGAACCACGUCGGACAUGUGGCUGUACCGAGCGUACAGCGGAAACCUUUAUCACAACGGGGAGCAGACUCUGACUCUCAGCAGCUUCACUCAGGGAGACUUCAUCACCUGCGUCCUCGACAUGGAGGCCAGAACCAUCUCCUUCGGCAAGAACGGAGAGGAGCCAAAGUUAGCCUUUGAGGACGUCGAUGCGACAGAGCUGUAUCCCUGCGUGAUGUUCUACAGCAGCAACCCCGGAGAGAAGGUUAAGAUCUGUGACAUGCAGAUGAGGGGAACACCUCGAGACCUCCUGCCCGGCGACCCGGUCUGCAGCCCCAUGGCCACCGUGCUGGCCGAGGCCACCACGCAGCUGAUCCGGAUCUUACACCGGACCGACCACUGGACCCACCGCAUCAACAAGACCAUGAUCGAGCGGCUCCACAAGAUCAAACCCUGCUUCAGGGACUCAGCCAGCGCGGCGGGUAGCGGCGGGGGCCAGAGGCUGAAAAAGAGCCGCUCGGUUCAGAGCCGAGAGGAGCACGACGCCCAGAGGGAGAGCCAGGACACGCCCACGAGGACGGAGGAGGAGCGCGGACGCCACGGACGGCAGCACGGUCUAGGGGAGCUGUCGGAGCACCACCUGAGGACGCUCUGCACGGAGGUGUGGCCGGUCCUGUCCAUCAUAGGGGGGGCGGACGCAGGCCUGCGUGUCGGAGGGAGAUGUGUGCACAAGCAGACGGGGAGGCACGCCACUCUGCUGGGCGUGGUGAAGGAAGGAAGCACGUCCGCCAAGGUGCAGUGGGACGAGGCCGAGAUCACCAUCAGCUUCCCAACUUUCUGGUCGCCUAGUGACACUCCCCUCUACAACCUGGAGCCCUGCGAGCCGCUGCCCUUCGACGUGGCUCGUUUCCGCGGCCUCACCGCCUCGCUGCUGUUGGACCUCACCUACCUCACCAGCAUCCACGAGGAGACCGCCGCCAAGCUCAGCGCACGCCGUCACGAGAAGAAGCAUCGUAACGCGGCGUCGACGGGACACGAGCCGACCGCCAACGAAGACAAAGCGGACAACGAGGGACACAACCGCAGCGAACACAAAGAGAACGCCGGAGCCUCGCCCGGAACCAACACCACGACCUCUGACCUCCGCGUGUCCCACAGUCUGGACGAGGUCAAAGCACACGUGGCGCCGAACUCCAAGUCAGAGAGCGAGAUAUCCUCCGUGGUCGGCGGAGGCAACGAGACUCUGUUCACCACGGCUCCUCACGCGCCGGCCGACGGGAGCAGGAAGAAAGGUCACGAGCACGCCGGCUCUCGCAGCCACGAGCACUCUCCCUCCUCCAUCGCCACGCAGUCGGAGAUCCACGCCGUGCAGCUGUCCUACCUUUACCUGGGCGCCAUGAAGACGCUCAGCGCCCUGCUGAGCUGCAGCAAGUACGCCGAGCUGCUGCUCAUACCGAAGGUGUUACCUGAAGCGGCUCCCAGCGGACACAACGCCGAUCUGAACACCAGCUCCAGCACCACCACGUCCGCCACCUCGCCUGUGUGCCAGGAGGAGGUGGAGAUGCGGGCGGCUCUGCAGUUCCUCAUGCGUCACAUGGUGAAGCGGGCGGUGAUGCGCUCCCCCAUAAAGCGUGCUCUGGGCCUGGCGGACCUGGAGAGGGCUCAGGCCAUGAUCUACAAACUGGUGGUGAGCGGGCUGCUGGAGGAGCCGAACGGAGGAAAAACCAAGCCUGGUGUGAGGACUGAACCAGAGGGGGAGGCGGAGGGGACAGAGGGGGAGCAGUUGGCUCAGACCCCCGUCACUACCAGCCCUUCAGCCUCCAGCACCACCUCCUUCAUGAGCUCCUCUCUGGAGGACACCACCACAGCGACCACGCCGGUCACAGACACAGAGACGGUCCCCGCCUCGGAGUCCCCGGGGGUGAUGCCCCUCAGCCUGCUCAGGCAAAUGUUCUCCAGUUACCCGACCACCACCCUGGCCCCCAGCCGUCGAGCCCAGACCCCCCCGGUGUCCUCCCUGCCCACGUCUCCUUCAGACGAGGUGGGUCGCCGGCAGAGUCUCACCUCCCCGGACUCCCAGCCCAACAGACAGCAGAACAGAACUGGUACCUCUCUGUCAGACCCCAGCAGCAGACUGUCAACCUCUCCUCCUCCUCCCGCCAUCGCCGUGCCGCUGUUAGAGAUGGGCUUCUCUCUGCGCCAGAUCACCAAAGCUCUGGAAGCCACCGGUGCUCGAGGAGAAGCGGACGCACAGAACAUCACGGUGCUCGCCAUGUGGAUGAUAGAACAUCCCGGCACUGAGGACGAGCACGAUGAACCUCACCCUCGAAGCGGCAGCGUCGGAGGAGGAGAGGCGCCGGACUCGUCCUGCCCCGGAGCGAUGGCCUCUACUGGAGGGAAGUCCAUGGACCGGAGCUCGUACCUGUGCUCACCCGGAGACAUCGCCAGCGCUGACGCCUCCGAGAUGGAGGAGGGCUUCAGCGAAAGUCCUGAAGGUCUGGAUCAGGACGCUGCCUCGGCCUCCAGCGGCGCUCCGCUCAGAGGACGCUCGGCCGCUGGCAGGAAACAUCGCUUCGACCUGGCGGCUCGAACGCUGCUGGCCCGCGCAGCCGGACUGUACCGCUCCGUGCAGGCCCACCACAGCCAGUCCCGGCGGGAGGUCCCGUCCCUGCAGCAGCAGCAGGACCCGGGCGCGCUCUACGACUUCAACCUGGACGAGGAGCUGGAGAUGGACCUGGACGAGGAGACCAUGGAGGCCAUGUUCGGACAGGACCUGGCCAGCGACACGGACAUUCUGGGAAUGUGGAUCCCGGAGCACGUCUGUGAGACGGACGACAGAGACGAGGUGGUGGUGUGUGAGCUGUGCGAGGCCAACGUGGCGAACUUCAACCAGCACAUGAAGAAGAGUCACCCCGGCUGUGGACGCAGCGCCAACCGGCAGGGUUACCGCAGCAACGGCUCCUACGUGGACGGCUGGUUCGGAGGGGAGUGCGGGAGCGGGAACCCGUACUACCUGCUGUGCGGCGCCUGCAGAGAGAAAUACCUGGCUAUCAAAAGCAAGACCAAAGUCCCCGUCGUGGAGAGGUAUAAGGGGCAGGCUCCAGACCUCCUCGGGAAGCAGGACAGCGUCUACGAAGAGGACUGGGACAUGCUGGAUGUGGAUGAGGAUGAGAAGCUGACAGGAGAGGAGGAGUUUGAGCUUCUGGCCGGACCGCUGGGUCUCACCGAGCGCCGGAUCGUCCCCGAGGCGGUUCAGUUCCCCGACAGCGACCCGCUUGGAGCCUCCAUCGCCAUGGUGACAGCCACCAACAGCAUGGAGGAGACGCUGCUGCAGAUCGGCUGUCAGACCUCUGUGGAUAAGAGCUCCUCGGGCAGAGUGACCCUCGGCGAGCAGGCGGCGGCCCUGCAGAACCCUCAUGACCGCGUGAUGGCUCUGAGGAGGGUGACGGCUGCGGCUCAGGUGCUGCUGGCCCGGACGAUGGUGAUGAGAGCGCUGUCCCUGCUCUCUGUCAGCGGUUCGAGCUGCAGCCUGGCAGCCGGUCUGGAGUCUCUGGGUCUGACCGACAUCAGGACUCUGGUCAGGCUGAUGUGUCUGGCGGCGGCGGGUCGAGCCGGUCUCUCCACAAGUCCCAUGUCUGGCUCCGGUCACGCCGAGAGGCCUAGAGGAGCCACCAAGGCCAGCAAGCCCAUCUCCUGCCUGGCUUACCUCAGCACGGCAGUGGGCUGCUUGGCCUCCAACAGUCCCAACGCCGCCAAGCUGCUGGUCCAGCUCUGCACUCAG